GGCAGAGCUGAGAGCUGUCUGAGCCGCUCCGCAGCCGCUGCCAGCAUGAGCAAGGGCAUCUUGCACACGCUUAGAACGAAAAGAGAACUCAUUCCCCUGGCCGGAAUAUUGUCCUUCGCAGCAGCUGGGGCGUUCUCUUUUUGUAUCUAUUCCCUAUUCCGCAAAUCUGAUGUGAUCAUUCACAAGAUUGGCAGUUCAGAACCAUGGGAAACUAUUGAUCCUGCCAAGCCUCAGAAGCUGGUAACAAUCAAUCAGCAGUGGCAGCCUAUAAAAGAGCUGGAAGAGGUCAAAAAGCUGACGAAGUGAGAAGUUUCUGUUGCCUCCCAAAGGUACCCUAUGAAUCUAGUGGAAUCAUUUCUGCACAAACUUGACUACUGAAAUCAGUGUGCGGAAAUGCUUCUGCUACAUUUUUAGGGUCUCCCUACAUUUUUUUGGCCUCUGGAUGAGGAGUGUGAUGUUGCUUUAGAAGCUGGCAUACAGCAUCCACAUAGUCCAAAAAUCUGAAUCAAAAUACUCAUUUUCAAUAAGCAUUUGAUGUAAAUUUUUGAGUAUUCAGAUGGUGAUUAUGGAUCAAAAAAGCCUUCAUAGUUUUUGUAGAAUUUCAGGAUUUGUUUCAAAACACAUUAGUUUUGCCAUUUUAUUAAUUUUUAAUAAAAUAAAUUCUAAAUUUUUACAUUUCUUGCAAAUUCAAAAGCCUUUCUAAAUUGGGAAUUCUCAUCUCCUUUCAGAGAUACAGAACUUUCUGUUCUAUACUUCAAUGUUGUAUGAAGACUAAAGGCAUAACCAGAGGAUGUCUUUGUAUGGCAGCAUAUGUGGUCAUACAGUACACUUCCAUUCCUUCUCUCUGUUAGAUGUGGGGACUGAUUAACAAAACCAAUGUUGUGCUGCAAAUAUUGAAACUUACCCACUGAGGAGUCCAAUAGGUUCUUUAUCCUUCUUAUUUAAUUCUUAUUGUAUUUGAAACUGCAGAUUUAGAACCUCAAAACCUAAGGGUUAACCAUGGCUAGAAGGAAAAUGAAAAUCAGGUAAAUAUUGUUCAUUAUUAAAUUUUUUUGAAGUUACUAGAAUUAGAAAAUCUGCAUCAUCCAAAACUACACAGUGUUAAUUUCUUCUUUUUGUGCAAGGCUGUUCAAGUGCAAGCUGCAAUGUACUGCAGAAUUAGCAAUAUUUUUAAAGAUUUCUACAUGCUAUUAGGAAUAUCUCUUUUAUCAAAUAGAAACUAGCUGAUUAAAAUUAGGAAUGAUUCUAUGAAGAGACUCUUUAAGCUUCUGUGUGUUUGAUCAUGGGUUGGCCAGGGAAAGAAUGUAAUG